CACCACAUCGACUUGUUUAUCUAUAUUUGACUUUGACUGGCUUUGGACAUGAUGUCAUUUCGGAGUAACAUGACAGCAAAUAGGACCCAGCAGAGCUCUCCGGCGAACCUCACCUGUCCCAAACGCACUUUUACUUUUCCACCUGAAGUCGCCUGCAGAAUCCCGACAUCUGUCAGACUUAAAGAUAACGGCAUGUUUCCUGCAUUGCUCUGCAGUUUGUUGCUCCUGCACGGCUCGCUCGGGGAGAUCGUGUUCCGCUGCCCGAGCUGCACCGCGGAGCGCCAGGCGGCGUGUCCCAAGCUCACCACCUCUUGCGAGAUUGUCAGGGAACCGGGUUGCGGUUGCUGUCCGGUUUGCGCCCGGCAGAAGGGCGAGCUGUGCGGCGUCUACACGCCGAGAUGCGGGAGUGGUUUGAGGUGUUACCCGAGCGCGAAUUCAGAGUUACAGCUGGAUCAGCUGAUACAGGGACUCGGACGAUGCGAGAACAAAGUGGUCCUGGAGCCCACUAUGACCAACCAGGAGUCAGAACACAGUGGAGAAUUAAAUGGCACGCGGUCCCCUCCAGUGAAAAAGCCUGGCAAAGAAAACAACUACCAGCACAUCAAGGAAAUUGCUGUGAAGCAGCAUCUCAGCAACAAGAGGACCAGGAUGUACAGCCCCCAGGAUGAUCCCAAAACACCUCACCCCAGACAGAGCCAGUGUCAACAGGAGCUGGACAGAGUUUUGGAGAACAUCUCCCGAAUGUCGUUCCAUGACAACAAGGGACCUUUGGAAAAUCUUUAUGACCUGAAGUUCCCCAACUGUGACAAGACAGGACAGUACAACCUUAAGCAGUGCAACAUGUCCAGCCAUGGACAGAGGGGUGAGUGUUGGUGCGUCAACCCCUACACUGGUGUCCAGAUACCCUCGUCCCCCAAAGUGAGGGGGGACCCCAACUGCAGCCAGUACUACGGUGGUCCCGAGCUGGAACCGCCCACCAGCGAGCAGAAAUAGACGCACCCUAGCCCUUAAGGGAGACGCCCCCGGGUCGCAAACGAGGAGAGUUAAAGCGAGUGCAAGAGCGAUGUGCAUGUGUGUAAUUCUGUACGUGUAUGUGUAUGUAUACUUUCGCAAUAGUAUGAUCUGUAUUGUCGAUAGGGGUGUGGAAAGUCACAUGCCAGCAAAGACAAGCAAGUCAAGGACAGGUAGUUAAACCUCCCCCUUCUCAAAUCCAGAUAACUGUACUCCAAAUUUAACUCUGAGUGAUUGUUUUUUUCUGCCUAUUUAUAGGCUCGUCCGGUGCCUUUUAAUCUUGUGACUGAAUCUGGUUGCAGAGAGUUUCUUAUACAGCAUUUGCAGCUGUUCGGUGUGAAGAUGUGUCCCUUUAAUUCACCCUUUUGUCUUUCGAGACCCAAUAAAAAUGGUGGCGUGUUUUUUUGUACCAUUGGUUGCCAAAAACAAACAGCAACUGCAAAU